AUAGAUCGUUGUUAAACAAAAUAAAGUUGGUCAUUGCUUAUUAUUUUUUAAUUAUCCUAAAUUUACUCAAGUUUCUUAAAAAUAAUAGUUGAUGGUAUGACGUCAGGAUACAAUUUAAUAUCAGCGAUUCGAUUGGGACAAUUUGACAGAAUUAAUGAAAUGAUUGACAGUGUCGAUCUAACUCACUGUCAAGCUUAUCCAUUUCAAUAUAUAUUGCUUCUUAAUGCUGUUAAAAAUAAUCAAACAAAUAUAGUCAAAUUACUGUUAUCAAAAAAUUUUCAAGUUAAUUAUUCAUCUAAAAAAUUAACUAAUUCGCCACUUCAUUGGGCGGUUACAAAUACUAAUUAUGAAAUAAUUGAAAUGCUUUUGAAUAAAGAAGCUGAUGUAAAUGCUAAAAAUCAAUACGGUAAAACAUCACUUCAUAUAGCAAUUGAAAAGAAAAAUCUAAAAAUAACUGAAUUGCUUAUAAAUUUCGGAGCCGAUAUAAAUGCUCUUACAAAUCAUCAAGAAACACCUCUUUACAUUGCAACUAAUAAAUUAUGUUUAAAAAUGAUUAAAUUACUGUUAAACAAACAAGCUAAUGUUAAUGCUGAAGCAAUGAAUGGUGUACCCCCUCUCUUUCGAGCCAUUGAUUUACAGUCUACAGAAAUUGUUAAAUAUUUACUAGAAAAUGGAUCUAACAUAAAUUUUGUAUGUAAAUCAUUUUGGUAUGAUGGUUACACGCCUCUUCAUUUAGCUGCUGAAUUAGGAAAUGAAGAAAUUGUUAAAAUUUUACUUGAUCGAGAUGCUAAUAUAAAUGCUAAAACUAAAAAUGAAUUAAUACCAAUUUUUAUAGCUGCUGAAAAAAAUCAUGGGAAUAUUGUAAAAGUAUUAUUAGAUCACAGAGCUAAAUUGUCUUCUAAAAAUGAAAAUGGUCAAACAAUUUUGAAUUAUUCUGUUAAGUAUGGGUAUUUGAUAAUUGUCGAACAGAUUUUAACACAUGAAAAAUAUUACUUAGAUCCUGAUUCAACAGACAAUUGGGGUACACCUCUUUUACAUUUGGCUGCUCGCUAUAAUUAUGCUGAAAUUAUUUUAAGUUUACUCAAACAUGGUGCAGACAUUAAUUUAAAAGAUCAAUACGGAAGAACAGCUCUCCAUAUCGCUACUCAAGCAAGACAAAUAAUAGCGACAGAAACUUUAUUAGAUAUGGGUGCUGGUAUUAAUAUUGAGUGGGAAAACGGUCAUACACCACUUGAUGACGCCAAUUUUCCGGCUCUUUGUAGUCAAUUUGUAAGUUAUAAUAACUAUGAUAGUUUUGAUAGUUAUGAUUCAACUAAAGACGCAUUUAUAAAUGAAGAAAUUAUUGAAGUUUUGAAUCAACACAUUUUAAAAAUGAAACUUGCUGGUUUUUAUGUAAGUGAAAAAAAUUAUCAAUCAGCUAUUGAUUAUUACGAUAAUAAUAAUAUUGAUAAUUACGAAAGUGAAUGUAAACUAGAAAUAGAAAAUUUGAAGUCUGAAAAAAUAUGUGGUAGUAUUUCUUUGUAUGACAUCUUCACAAAGAAUAAUAGAUAUUUAGCAUUGUAUGCGAAAAAUAAAACUAUUGUAAAUUUUUUUGAAUCAAAUGAAUAUGAGUUAAAGUUUCCAAUAUAUGGCGGUAUUAUUUAUGGAAAUUUUUCUAGAGGAGUAAGAAGGAAUAUAUUUAUUGAUAAAAUUGAUGAGUAUGGUUUUGAUGAAAUUUUUUAUCAAUUACCAAUAGCUUGUAUUGAGGAAAUAAUAAGUUUUCUCAAUGAAAAUGAUUUAAAGGUAUUAGUUGCUGCUUGCUAUCAGCGCAUUCUCAAUUAACACAUUUUUGUUUUACGGCAGACUAUCUAUGGUUAUAACCAUUUACACGAACGGUUUGCAACAAGUCUAUGACUAGUCCGGAAGAGUUCGUACAGAGACUUACUAGCGAUAUGAUUAUUGGGCUGAUAAACCCAUAGCCAUUGGAUUUCGGUAGAUCCUACAUCUUCCCUCGAGUAACAUAAACACCCUCGGUUCAAGGUGAACAUCCACUACAGACAUCAAGAACAU